GGGACAAGAACCAAAGCGAGGAGGCACUGGAGCGGAAAUCAACCUGAAGAAAGAAGAGGAGGAGACGAUCGGAAUCGCCAUGGACGACGAGGCUGUUGAACUAUAGAGCGCUGUGUGCCCCUGUGCCUAGUCAAAGCACACAGCGCCCACGAUCACCCACGUACAUGAGUAGUGGUGUAGUGGUGCAGUUAGCUACAGUAGUGGUGCUCGUCACCUGAGUUUCCUCCUGUACUUAUACGGCCUAGACAGAUCAAUGCAAAGUGUGUUGUGUCUCAUCUUCCUUCAUGGUAUCAGAUGUCGCACGGUUCUAACCCCUUUGCGCCUGGUUCCUCCGCUUCCGCUUCCAUGGACACGAACUCCUCUUCCUCCUCUGAUGGCUCGCCCGCCGCGUCGCCCGGCCACGCCGCGGCCGCGGCCGCCGGCGCCGGCGCCCUCCACGCUGUGCCAGCGCCCGCUGUCUCGACUGCUGCCGGCCCCAGCGUUGUGCUUGCGGCGCCCUCCUUCCCUGCCUCCAUCCUGCAGACGGUUGACAUUUGUCAGCAUGUCCUGGUCACUCUCGACCUGGCGGCCGGCAACUACGCUCAGUGGCGGCGCUUCUUCGACGCCGUCAUUGGCAUGUUCGGCCUCCGCAGCCACCUGGAUGCCGACUUCGCCGCUCCUCUCGACAACCCCGACUGGGUCAUGGUCGACCACUGCGUGGUGCAUUGGCUGUAUACCACGAUCUCGCCGGAGCUGCUCGAGAUCGUCAUGCAGCCUGAGAACACCACCGCCACCGUCUGGGCCUCCAUCCAGGGCAUCUUCCACGACAACCAGCUCUCCCGUGCCGUCUACAUCGACGCGGAGUACCACGCCUGCGUCCAGGGCGAUCUGACCGUCUGGAGUACUGCACCCGCCUAAAGCGGUUCGCUGACCAACUCCGCGAUCUGGGUCAGCCCGUCUCAGAGCCACAGCAGGUCUUCAACCUCCUUCGCGGGCUCGGCCGUCAGUUUCAUGGCGCGAUCCCGCACAUCACGUCGCAGGUGCCUCUGCCGAGCUUUCUGCAGGCUUGCUCGUUCCUCAUGCUGGAGGAGUUUCGCGCUGAGCAGGCCGUGCGCCAACAGUCGGCUCACGCUCUCCUCGCCGGCCGCGCUGGUGGCCCCGUGCCGCCGUCUCCUGGCGCUUCCAGCUCCGGUACCGCUGCAGGCACCAGCCCCGCCGGUGGUCGCGGGCGUAACCACCGUCGCGGGCAUGGGAACGGGACCGGCAAUUCGUCCUCCGCGGCUCCUUCUGUGCCCCGCAACCCAGCAUACCCGGCGCCUGCUCCCGGCGCGAACUCCUGGACUGGCCUUGUCCAGGCAUGGCCGGUCCCUUGGCGCGCGCCCGGCGUGGGCGUGCUCGGCCCGCGCCCCGGCGUUCCGCAUCAGCACGCCAUGAUGGCCGCGCCCAUGGCUCCUCCACCGCACGGCUACACCUACGGCUACGCCCCCGGCUUCAAUCCCGGCGGAUACGGACCCGCACCCAGUGGCUACGCCCCCGGCUUCACCCACGGCGCGUCGACAUCCACCACGCCCUGGGACAUGGGCGCUCUUCAGAGUGCACUGCAGCACUCCGCCCAGUCGCCGCCGUCCGCCGGGAGCUCGUCGGACUGGGUCCUCGACACUGGGGCCUCCGCGCACAUGACCUCCAACGCUGGACAUCCGCACUCGGGCGGUGAUUCUGCGAUGUGAUUCCGACGGCGAUCUUUAUCAUGUGGCGUCCAGUUCCUCGGCUCCAUCCGCUCGACACUUCGCCGGCGUCGUCACCGUGGACCUGUGGCACCAACGGCUUGGUCACUCCGGCCAGUUAUCUACCAGUAGUUCGUCUGCUUUGUUUCCUUUUACAUGUAGCAAGUCAGCACCGCACACAUGCCAUGCCUGCCGCAUUGGCAAACAUGUACGCUUGCCAUUUGCUCCAUCGCAGUCCUGUACUUAUUUUCCCUUUCAACUGUUGCAUUUGGAUGUAUGGACAUCUCCAGUCGUGAGUAUCUCUGGUUUUCAGUAUUACUUAGUCAUCAUCGAUGA